UACUUCCAUUAGACAGAGCCAUCCUUCACCAUGGACUAUACACUUUUCACAGCAGCCAUUGUGUUUCUAACAUCAGGUCUGUGUGUAGGUCAGAAUGUGUUACCACCAGGACCAUUGACUGGAGCCAUAGGAGGGAGAGUGAAGUUCACCACAACCCUCAGUCCACCAGCCAAACCUUUUGUCUCAGUGAGCUGGACCUUCAACAGGGUCAACAUCAUCACCUCCACUACGGCCAACAUAACUAAUGCUGACUACAAAGACCGGAUCAGUCUGGACAGAACCACUGGCUCUCUGGAGCUGUGGAACCUGGGCCUGAGGGACCAAGGGGAAUACAGAGUCAGCAUCAUACCAGACAGGGCUCUGGAGCUACAAGGAGCUACCACUCUGGAUGUCUAUGUGUUGCUAUCUGCUGCCACCAUCACCAGUCCCCCAGCCACCCUGAUAGCUGUCAUAAGCUCCACCAACCUGACUUGUGAGGCUGCUGGCAACAUCAGCUCCAUACAGUGGAUCAAAGAUGGCCUCCCUCUGUCUCCCAGCAACAAUAUCACCUUCUCUGCAGGCAACAGGACAGUCUAUCUCAGUCCUGUUCAGGACAUUGACAACGGGGAAUAUGAGUGUUUAGUCAGCAACCCUGUCAGCAACCGGACAGCAUCCCACAACCUGACCGUCAACUUUGGACCCCAGAACAUUUCAGUAUAUGGACCAUCAGCAGCAUCAACAGGAUACAGGGUAACUCUGAGCUGUUCGGCUGACUCUAUCCCUCCUGCUACAUUCACCUGGAUGUUCAACAGGACAGAGACAGGUGUUAACAACACCCUGUACGUCAUAGAGAGGAUGGAGGCGCUACACAUUGGGAACUACACCUGCACUGCCACCAAUAACCUCACCGGACUGAAAGACUCUGUUGUCUACAAGCUGAGAGGCUCCUCUGCUGCCCCCAUUUGGUCAUUUGCUUUGAUGGUGACCAGUGUCAUGGCAGCAGGACUGCUGAAACUGUAGAUGUCUGAAAGGAGAGACAGGGACAAGAAGAGGCUGGUGAAGAUUUGUCAACCCCAGAGCCUUCUUGCUGAUGAAGGACAAUCUUGAUAUGGAGUCUUCUGGGCUAGAGGAUAUUGUAUAGAAUCAAACCCGUCUGUUGUUUUAAUAUGUAGCGAUGUACUUUAGCCUGUCAAACUGUAAUAUUAUCUGGGCUUUAUUAAAAUAUUAUGUUUUAUAUAUAUAAUCAAAGUAUAUAUACAUUAAUCAAAGUAAUCCAUGGUACAUGUCAUGAAAUAUUCAUGUACACUGAGCAAAAUGAUAAAUGCAACAUGUAACAUGUUGGUCUCAUGUUACAUGAGCUGAAAUAAAACAGGAAUUUACCAUAAAGCACGAAAAGCUUAUUUCUCCCCAAAUUGCAUCCACCUGGCAGCUGUGGCAUAUCAGGAAGCUGAUUAAACAGCAUGAUUAUUACAAAUCAAAUCAAACUUUGUCACAUGCGCCAAAUACAACAUGUACAACAGGUACAAAUACAACCUUUUCUUGAAAUGAUUACUUACAAGCCCUUAAGACUUCUUAUGACUUAGAUCCCAAUAACGGGAUCGAUAUGACAACAGUCAGUGAAAGUGCAGGGCGCCAAAUUCAAAACAACAGAAAUGUCAUAAUUAAAAUUCCUCAAACAUAGAAGUAUUUUACACCAUUUUAAAGAUAAACUUGUUGUUAAUCCUACCACAGUGUGGCGGGCUUUACGACGAAAGCACACCAAACCAUUCCAAACUCACAAUGCGCGGGCAAGUCCAGGCGAAAUUUCAGACAAAAAGUCAUAUUACAGUUCGUAGAAACAUGUCAAACGAAGUAUAGAAUCAAUCUUUAGGAUGUUUUUAUCAUAAAUCUUCAAUAAUGUUCCAACCGGAGAAUUCCUUUGUCUGUAUGCAAUUGAACGCAAGUUAACUCUCACGUGAGCGCGCGUGAUCAGCUCAUGGCACUCUGCCAGACCUCUGACUCAUUCCGCUCCCAUUCCCCCCUCCUCACAGUAGAAGCAUCAAACAAGGUUCUAAACACUGUUGACAUCUAGUGGAAGCAUUAGGAAGUGCAAUAUGACCCCAUAGACACUGUGUAUUCGAUAGGCAGUGACUUGAAAAACUACAAACCUCAGAUUUCCCACUUCCUGGUUGGAUUUCUUCUCAGGUUUUUGCCUGCCAUAUGAGUUCUGUUAUACUCACAGACAAACAGUUUUAGAAGCUUCGGAGUGUUUCUAUCAAAAUCUACUAAUAAUAUGCAUAUAUUAGCAACUGGGCUUGAGAAGCAGGCAGUUUACUCUCGGCACCUUAAAUAAACUAAAGUAAAAAAUAAUAAAAAGUAACACAAUAAAAUAACAAUAACGAGGCUCUAUACAGGGGGUACCGGUACAGAGUCAAUGUGCGGGGAUACAGUUUAGUCAAGAUAAUUUAUACAUGUAGGUAGGGGUAAAGUGACUAUGCAUAGAUAAUAAACAGUGAGUAGUGUAGUUGAAAAUUCAUGACCAUGGUUGAUUUUCCAGUCUCUAGACUGUUCUCCCAGAAGUAUUGAGCAGAAUAAAGGCUGAGCUCAGGUGAUUGUACAGACUGAGUCAACAUGGAGUUAAUCACUAGACAUGCAAAAAGAGAACGUAAGCAGAAAAUGUAUGCCUGUGCUGUUGUAGACCUGAGGGGAGUCAUUACCUGGUCAUGUGACUAGCAUUGAGACAUGCAAUUGCAUUAUGUAUGUAUGCCUGUGCUGUUGUAGGCCCGAGGGAAGUCAUUGCCUGGUCCUGUGACUAGCUUUUAAGGCAUGCGAUUGUAUAUGUAUGUCUGUGCCAUUACAGGCUUGGGGAGAGCCAUUGUGUAGUCCUAUGAGUAUCAUUGGACAGACACCUGCAUUUGUGUAUGGAUACACUACCAAUAUAAUUAUCAUAGGUACACCUCAUAGACACCUGUCCACACACUCAAACAGACUCUAACCUCUCCACAAUGGCCAAGACCAGUGGGCUGUGUAAGGACAUCAGGGAUAAAAUUGUAGACCUGCACCAGGCUGGGAUGGGCUACAGGACAAUAGGCAAGCAGCUUGGUGAGAAGGCAACAACUGUUGGCGCAAUUAUUAGAAAAUGGAAGAAGCUCAAGAUGAUGGUCAAUCACCCUCGGUCUGGGGCUCCAUGCAAGAUCUCACCUCGUGGGGCAUCAAUGAUCAUGAGGAAGGUGAGGGAUCAGCCCAGAACUACACGGCAAGACCUGGUCAAUGACCUAAAGAGAGCUGGGACCACAGUUUCAAAGAAAACUAUUAGUAACACACUACGCCGUCAUGGAUUAAAAUCCUGCAGCGCACGCAAGGUCCCCCUGCUCAAGCCAGCGCAUGUCCAGGCCCAUCUGAAGUUUGCCAAUGACCAUCUGGAUGAUCCAGAGGAGGAAUGGGAGAAGGUCAUGUGGUCUGAUGAGACAAAAAUAGAGCUUUUGGGUCUAAACUCCACUCGCCGAGGAAGAAGGAUGAGUACAACCACUAGAACACCAUCCCAACUGUGAAGCAUGGAGGUGGAAACAUCAUUCUUUGGGGAUGCUUUUCUGCAAAGGGGACAGGACGACUGCACCGUAUUGAGGGGAGGAUGGAUUUGGCCAUAUAUCGCGAGAUCUUGGCCAACAACCUCCUUCCCUCAGUAAGAGCAUUGCAGAUGGGUCAUGGCUGGGUCUUCCAGCAUGACAACGACCCGAAACACACAGCCAGGAGCUAAGGAGUGGCUCCGUAAGAAGCAUCUCAAAUUCCUGGAGUGGCCUAGCCAGUCUCCAGACCUAAACCCAAUAGAAAAUCUUUGGAGGGAGCUGAAAGUCCGUAUUGCCCAGCGACAGCCCCAAAACCUGAAGGAUCCGGAGAAGGUCUGUAUGGAGGAGUGGGCCAAAAUCCCUGCUGCAGUGUGUGCAAACCUGGUCAAGAACUAUAGGAAACAUAUGGUCUCUGUAAUUGCAAACAAAGGUUUCUGUACCAAAUAUUAAGGUCUGCUUUUCUGAUGUAUCAAAUACUUUUGUCAUGCAAUA